AAUGACAAAAAUCUUCAUGUUUGCUACCCUAUGCUAAUUGCGUUGUUAAUUUUAAUUAUUUUUUUGCUACUUGGAGUAUCCACUUAUUUGAAGAAAAUUUUUUUUUGAAGAUUGAGGUUAGGUUGCCACCUUAAAAUGAUCCCUUUCGAUGAACAUUAAAAUGAAAACGAGUACAAUUAUUUAUCACAUUAGCAUGAAAUGACCUCGACAGGUUUAAAAAUAGUAACUUUGUAAAUUAAGUGUUGGCCGACUGUAAAACCACUGUGAGAAUUUUACCAUUUGUUGUGUACGAUUUGUUACAGAAAGAUGUCACUAGGUAAACUAAACUCGUCCCGGUGUAUUUUCAAUGCCGCCAAAAGACUUUUUUCCGAUAAAUCCUCAAGUAAAGUGUUAUUCAAUUGGGAAGAUCCACUUAAUUUAGAGUCACAAUUAACUGAUGAUGAAAAAAGUGUGAGGGAUUCUUUUAGGGCUUAUUGUCAGGAGAAAUUACAGCCAAGGAUAAUUCAAGCGAAUCGAAAUGAAACUUUUGAGCGCGAAAUUAUGGCCGAAAUGGGUGCUAUGGGUGUGCUCGGUUGUACGAUAAAGGAAUAUGGUUGCGCGGGAAUUUCAAAUGUUGGUUACGGUCUCCUCACUCGAGAAGUCGAAAGGGUUGAUAGUGCGUACAGAUCAGCAGUCAGUGUCCAGUCAUCACUUGUAAUGGGGGCUAUUUAUUACUUUGGUUCAAAAGAACAAAAAGAAGAGUAUUUGCCUAAACUCGCGAAAGGAGAAAUUAUUGGUUGUUUUGGAUUGACGGAACCCAACCAUGGUAGUGACCCAAGUUCGAUGGAAACGCGUGCGAAAUUUAAUUCAUCCUCGAAAACGUACACUUUGAACGGUAGCAAAACCUGGAUCACAAAUGCGCCGCUUGCCGAUGUUUUAAUUAUUUGGGGCAAAAAUGACGAUGGGAAAAUCCGUGGUUUUCUAGUUGAUCGGAAAAAGCACGGGAAGGGGUUAGACACCCCAAAAAUCCAAGGGAAAUUUUCCCUCCGCGCCUCCACCACUGGUAUGAUUCUAAUGGAUGGUGUGGAAAUCCCCGAAAGUAACAUUUUGCCAAACGUCGAGGGCCUCAAAGGGCCAUUUUCGUGCUUGAAUAACGCCCGGUAUGGAAUCGCCUGGGGGGCGUUAGGGGCUGCCGAGUCUUGUCUCACCAUAGCCCGAAACUACACCAUCGAAAGGAGACAAUUCGGACGGCCCCUUGCUGCCAACCAACUCAUCCAAAAGAAAUUUGCCGAUAUGAUUACCGAAAUUGCUCUUGGGCUUCAAGGGUGUCUCCAAGUGGGGCGCUUAAUGGAUAAAAAAUUACAUACGCCAGAAAUGAUUUCGCUCUUGAAGAGAAAUAACGCGGGGAAAGCUCUCGAAAUUGCAAGAGUCGCAAGAGACAUGCUGGGGGGUAACGGAAUUCACGAUGAGUACCACAUUAUCCGACAUCUAAUGAAUUUGGAGUCGGUCAACACGUACGAAGGGACCCACGAUAUCCAUGCAUUGAUUUUGGGCCGCACUGUAACAGGAAUAUCCGCAUUUUGAUUAUUUUGUAUCAAAUGGAUGAAAUAAAUCAUUAUUUUUG